AUGCGUCUAAUUCAUUUUCUUGUUCUCCUAACGAUCCAUUUGGCCGUCGCGAAGAACAACAAUGUUAAGACGCUGACGGAGAGCCUGGGACGGGAGAUAAUUGAAAUCGACAACCCAAUAAAAGAACUACCCCCGGGCCUCGAAGAGGAACCGUCGGCUGAGAAUGACGAAGACGGAACCAGCACCACUUUACGUCCAGGAACGAAGGGGGGAACCAAUAAAUCCAUCACGACUGCGACGGCUAAAGCUAUGAGCAGAGCGGAAACGACAAACUCCUCUGUCGACGACGAGGCCAAAAUCGAGAGGGAACUAGCUGAGAUGUACAAAGAUAAUUCGGAUUACCAAACAGAUCGCUCGGAAGCGGAUAGUAGCUCCACGACUGUACACAAGGAGGAGGAUAAUCUGAUCGCCAGGAGCAGAGCGUCGGGCUUCAAGUUUCAACCAAAUUUGAACAGUCGAGAGGAAAUCGAAAGGUUCCGGACCUCAGUCGAUGACAUUAGCUGUGAUAAAGUCACACAGAGAUUGGGAUUGACCGAGCCUCCAGUAGCAGACUCCUCGUCGGGACAGAAAAUGGCGGAUCUGAUCUCAAAACAUAUCUUCAUAAUAUAUCUGUUGUUGCUCAAAUAA